AUGAAGCGCUUCAGUCAGAGAGUUCUCUCGCGUGGGAAAGAUCCAAAUAAGUCUUCUAAGAAGAACAAGGAUUCCAAGGAUGGUACCGCGUCUCCCUCAUCACGGGAUUCCAAUCAGUCACCCGUACUUACGCCGUCAUCCUCCACGUCGACCUUGAACGAUCCUAGAAACAAACCACUGCCACAGAACAAUGCUGGACACGGAGGCGAACACGGUAGUGGCUCGCAGCCCUCCAAUCUGUCCAAUGUAACUCAGGCCGGUAGCACCCCUGAUCGCUUUGCAACUGGAGGUGCUUCGAGCCCCAACGGCGGGAGUGCCAGCUCGAGACUUCCGCCAACUGUUGUCAUCAGCCCGACACCAGGUCAUGUCCCUCCCCCCGGAGCCGCCGAGACGAUGCCACACGAUUUGGCCCCUCCUAAGGCGGGACAAAAGUCGCUCUUGAUCCAUCGAGGAAUAGAUAACCGCGAUGCGAUUCCCGAGGGACUCAGAACUCCAAAGAGACAGCAUUCUUCACGAUUCGAUAUCUCCGCCCAUCGCGAGCUCGAGAAGUUGCCUGGAUUCCACGAGGUCCCCCCUAACCGACGACAAGAACUCUUCAUGCAAAAGAUUGAUCAGUGCAACGUCAUUUUCGACUUUAACGAUGCGAGUGGUGACAUGAAGUCAAAGGAGAUCAAGAGGCUAGCUUUGCACGAGCUACUGGAUUAUGUCGCCAACAACCGACAAGUUAUCACAGAACCCAUGUACCCCAAGGUUGUCGACAUGUUUGCCAAAAACUUGUUCCGUCCGAUCCCUCCUCCAAUGAACCCUCAAGGCGAGGCUUUCGAUCCCGAAGAGGAUGAGCCCGUUCUCGAGGUUGCUUGGCCGCAUAUCCAGGUCGUUUAUGAGUUCUUCCUGCGCUUCAUUGAGAGUCAGGAUUUCAACACCAACAUCGCCAAGGCCUACAUUGACCAUAGCUUUGUCCUUCAGCUUCUUGAGCUUUUUGACUCAGAGGACCCCCGUGAGCGAGACUUCUUGAAGACCACCCUCCAUCGCAUUUACGGAAAAUUCCUUAACCUACGAUCCUUUAUUCGACGAUCCAUCAAUAACGUCUUCUUCCAAUUCACCUACGAAACCGAGCGAUUCAACGGUAUUGCUGAGUUACUCGAGAUUCUUGGCUCUAUUAUCAACGGAUUUGCUCUCCCUCUGAAGGAGGAGCACAAGAUCUUCUUGACCCGAGUGCUAUUGCCGCUGCACAAGCCCAAGAGUCUGAGCAUGUACCACCCUCAGCUUGCCUACUGUAUUGUGCAAUUCCUGGAGAAGGAUGCUUCUCUUACAGAAGAUGUGGUCCUGGGACUCCUACGAUACUGGCCCAAGGUCAACAGCACAAAGGAGGUCAUGUUCCUCAACGAAGUCGAAGACAUCUUUGAGGUCAUGGACCCUGCAGAGUUUGCAAAGGUUCAAGAACCCCUGUUCCACCAGCUUGCCAAGUCUGUCGCCAGCCCUCACUUCCAGGUUGCCGAGCGAGCGUUGUACUUCUGGAACAACGAGUACUUCUGUAAUCUUGUCAGCGACAAUGUUGAGAUCAUUCUGCCCAUUAUGUUCGCUCCUCUCUACGAGAACUCAAAGGGCCACUGGAACAGAACGAUCCACGGCAUGGUUUACAAUGCUAUGAAGCUAUUCAUGGAGAUUAACCCACAGUUAUUUGAUGACUGCUCGCACGACUACACAGAACAGCAGAACAGCGCAGCAGCACGUGAAGCUCUUCGAGAGCGUAAAUGGGCUGCUCUGAGCGAGAAGGCCAACCAACAGAGGGAAAGCAAUGGCAAUGGAACCGCCGAAGCGCCAUCAGCACAAAACCAUGUCAACCCCAUGCCCCGUGUAGACGAAGUCGACCCACAAACCGAGGAUAAUUCGAAGCGCCUCGACUCGCUUAAGCUGCAAGACGGCCGACCCAAUCUCCAUGAGCGACAGGAAUCUGUAGGAUCAACUCGAAGUCGGUAA